GGAAAGGCCAAAAACAGAACAGCAAGCCAGAGAAGUUUAUGACCAAACAAAGCUCUGGAUUGUGUCGGACAGUCGGAAUAAGAAUAAGAUACUGGGAACAAACACAAGGUAGAGGAAAUGCUGAUGGGAACAUUGCCAAUUGCAUCCGCUUCCUCCCUGAGUUUCUCAAGGAAGAGGCCUUCUUUCCCAUCAAACUCUGUUACAUAUUCUUCUGUUUGUUAUAUUCGUAACUGUUACAAUCACGGUCCUUCUCGAAGACUCGCUCUCUUCCAACUUGGCACUGCUAUCCCUCAGUCACAGUUGUUUGGUUCAAAAGCUGCUAAGUUAUUAAGAGCAGAAGGAAACUCAAUUGAGAGUACAUCUGGAAAUAUGGCUACUGCUGUUAAGGAGCAAGAUGCAUUAAAUUGGGUUCAAAAUGACAAAAGAAGAAUGCUUCAUGUUGUUUACCGUGUUGGUGAUUUGGCGAAGACUAUAAAGUUUUAUACCGAAUGCUUAGGAAUGAAGCUGUUAAGAAAACGUGACAUACCAGAGGAGAAAUAUUCAAAUGCUUUUCUUGGAUAUGGGCCUGAAGAUUCUCAUUUUGUUGUUGAACUUACUUAUAAUUAUGGAGUUGACAAAUAUGACAUUGGAAAUGGAUUUGGUCAUUUUGGUAUUGCAGUAGAGGAUGUUGCCAAGACAGUAGAUCUAAUAAAAGCAAAGCGGGGCAACGUUACCAGGGAACCUGGCCCUGUCAAAGGUGGGUAUACAAUAAUUGCUUUUAUCGAAGAUCCAGACGGUUAUAAGUUUGAACUUUUAGAGAGGGGGCCUACACCUGAGCCACUUUGUCAAGUAAUGCUUCGAGUUGGUGAUCUUGAUCGCUCUAUUAAUUUCUAUAAGAAGGCUUUUGGCAUGGAGCUUCUUCGUAAAAAAGAUAAUCCUGAGUAUAAGUAUACAAUAGCCAUGAUGGGCUAUGGUCCUGAAGAUAAAAAUGCUGUGCUGGAACUGACGUACAACUAUGGGGUCACAGAAUACGAUAAAGGAAACGGUUAUGCACAGAUUGCAAUAGGCACGGAUGAUGUUUAUAAGACUGCAGAAGCAAUUAAGCUAUGUGGAGGAAAGAUUACCCGUGAGCCUGGGCCCUUGCCAGGCAUUAACACUAAGAUUACUGCUUGCCUGGAUCCAGAUGGCUGGAAAUCGGUCUUUGUUGAUAACAUUGAUUUCCUCAAGGAGCUAGAAUGACCAAAUAUAAUGACGGCUGAUACCCAUAUUGAUUGAAUCCAGUGAGAGGUUCAUAACAAUUUUGAUCAUUAGGUGCUGCCAUCUGCCAAGCUUUUUCUUUCUCAAACAAAAACCUUGAAGGAGAAGCUCAAUCCCAUCUUGUAUAUUUUUUUUCCCCUUCUUUUGUAUGAUAGCGUAGAAGUUGCUAUUAUUGGAAAUUAAACCCAGUGCCUGGGGAAUCAGAUAUAUACAUGUCAACGUAAUUGCUUUACAGAAAUGACAAUCUACUUUUCCCAUCAAAUCCAUUUAGUUUCCC